GUCAACAAGUUCUCGCUGCGCAUGUUUGGCAGCCACAAGGCGGUGGAGCUGGAGCAGCAGCGGGUGAAAUCGGCCGGGUCCUGGAUCAUCCACCCCUACAGCGACUUCAGGGCUGAAGCCAAGGCCCUGGGGAAGGUCAGGGCAGGAACCCGUUAAGCCAGGCCGGCCCCCUGUGGAGGUCACAGCCUGCAAAGCCUGAUGCAUCCAUCUGCCUGCAGAGGCCUGGAUUCUAGUCUCUUCCCCAAGAGCUUGGCUUUGCAGAGUGAAUUCAUCUGGCACCGGCGCCACAUUUCCAAGGUGAGUUAGUGGGGCUGUAGCACAUGGCGGGAGGCGAGACCAGCAGGGGAAAAAACAGGCUGAGAAUUGCAGGAACCUCCCCUCUCCGAAAUCCAGAGCACAGCCCAAGAUGUCCGGGCAUAAAAUUGGUGCUCUAGGAUAUAGAGGGGCUCCCCUCUGCCCAGUGCAGAGCACUCCCUCUGGCACCCGAGGAGCGCCGUGCCCAGGCCUGGGUGGGACGCAGCAAGGGGCGUCACUCUCCCAACGAGUGCGGCUCUUUGGUCCUGUGGCUUGUGCAGCGGGGAGGGCGCUGGCUGCAGACACCCCUCAGCCCAACAGAGGGACGGCAGGAAGGUGCGUCUCCUUUAGCCCUCAGCCCCCAUCUCUGCCUGCAUGGCCGCACUGUGCUCAGUACCCUGGCCUCUUCAUGGCUCUGACCAUGAGCCAGGCUUUGGCAACCCAGAGCCCUGCCCCUCCCAUCCUGCUUGUGUAACCAGAGAGCUUAUUCUAAACCCUGUAAGCCCCCGUGGGCAGUGAUAAGGAACCAGGUGCCGGUGGGGAGACGCAGAGCCCCCGCCCCCACCAAUGCUCGGGGCACUCUGGAGGACCAGAGCCUGAGUUCCCGGGGAGGAAAGAACCUGGGACCCUCCGUGCUUGGCCACUUGUGCCUGGGCAUUUCAGCAAAAGCAGAUUGCCCUGAAGUGCAGAAGCGGAACCCCGUGGGGGCUCUUUUAUCCCGCACCCCCAGCUACACCCUUGAGCUCCCUCCUGGGGGAGAGGGAAGUUUGUGCCUUGAGUUCCAACCCUGUGAUCCUGGGCAGACAGGAACAGAGUCCAUCAUCUGAGCUCCAACCCCAGCUCUGACACUGCUUCCCUGGGUGCAAGUCCCGUCCCCCCUCUGGGCUCAGUAUGCCCAUCCGUGACCCUGAUCCGCCUGUCUGGUGGGUGCCCGAAGUGCCAGGAGGGAAGGUUUGCAAGGGUUCGCUGAGAGGUGUGAUCUCUUUACUCCAUGCUGUUGGGUAAAGCACCAUCAGGGAGGGUCUCCAUACCCUGCCUCCUCAUCCACGGGAGGGAUCUCCUCUCCCUGGGCUGGCAGGGCUCAGCCUGGCACCCUCCCUAGGGGAAAGAGUUGGUUUCCGCAGGGGCUCUCCAUAAGGCCCCCACUCUCCAUAGCCCAAGCAUCAUCCUUGAACCCGAGCUCUCCUCCUCCUCCUUCUUCGCCAGCAGAACUGGCCAUCACCAUCUCGGCAACACUUCCCCAGGCCUCGCCUCUCCUCUCCUGGACUCCUUCCCCCGGGCCUUCAGCCCCUCUCACCGGGACUAGUGCAACUCUCUUCUGCCAGGCUUGCCAAGCCCAGGUCAGCAGCAUGGGCACAACGAGGUUACCACCUCCUCUCCCCUCCCCACUCCGCCCUCUCCCUUCUGGGUCAGAAUCGCCCUCGCUGUUUUCAGAGCCUAGCCCAGGGCUAGGGAACGGAUCUGGCACACCUGUUCCUCGUUAACAGCUGCACCAAGGACAGCCAGGCUCGAUACAGACCUGAUUUCUGUGAAGGGAGGGAGGCAGGAGAUGGGUGAGGACGCUGGGGCAGAGACUGUGAUGAGCAGGGGGAAGGGUUUGGGCCUGGAGGCCCACAUGGCUGCUGUAAGCGGAUGGAAAAGGCCUGGGAGCUCCUGUGGCGAUAAAGAGCAGGGCAAGACGCCAGGUGGAGAGGGAGGCCAGCCCCCAUGGUGGGGGUGGUGAAGGAGAUAUACUUCUUGUGGAGUUACUGAAUGAAAGGGAAACUGAGGCAGGGUGCCACAGAGCCACCCCAGGCCACCAGAUACACUUGGCAGGCAGCCAGUGCUGUUACAGAACCCCUCAGAUGCUGGGUCUCUGUUCUCUUCUCACUGAUCUUCGGCUGUCUUCUGCCUUCAUGCAUCUCCCCACUGUCGGGGCAAGAACUUUCCCCUCCACAGCUCGUACGACCAGGCCCAGCCAUCCUAUCCCUUGCUGCCUCAGCAGCUCCCCGGCUCCUUUCAUAGCCAGCUGGAGCCUCCUCCUCUCUCUCCUUCCCUGCCACUGUGCUAAUUCCUUUCCCUUUGGGAUCUCGGGCUGGGUGCAGACUCAGCACCUCCGUGCUCUCGUACUACGGCUCUCUGGUUGUUUGGGGGCACAAAGUUGGGAGUCGAGCUGUCUGGCCUGGUGUGUUGUUGCCCCCGCAGAUGGCUGGCGAGCUGCAGGCUCUCAGCUCUCCCAGGUGGAGAGACAAAUGGGGAGGUGUGUGCGUGUGCACAUCCUGGCCGUGUAUCUGUUUGGGAUCUGGGGAGGAGGGUGCGUGUCCAUGUCCAUGCAUGCACAUCCUGGCCGUGUAUCUGUUUGGGGCAGGUACACGCAAUCUCCAGAGGGUUUAUAGAGUCCAAGGCCAGAAGGGACCUUGCUGAUCAGCAAGUCUGACAUCCUGUGUCACGCAGGCCAUGGGACUUCCCUGAAUCGGUUCCUGUUGGAUCUACAGCCCGUCUUUUUGAUUUCAGUAUUUCUGGUGCUGGAGAAUCCCCCACAGCUCUAGAUAAAUUGUCCCAAUGGUUAAUUACUCUCACUCUUAAACAUUUGCACUUUAUUUCCGGUCUGAAUAUGUCUUGUUUCAACUUCCCAGCUGUUGGCUCGUGUUAGAUUUUUGUCUGCUAGACUGAAGAGCCCGUGAUCAAAUAUCUUGUUCCCCAGGAAGGUACUUACAGACAGUGAGAAAAAUCAUCCCUUAAACUUCUCUCUAAAUACAUGGAGCUCUGUCACUGUAAGGCAGGUUUUCCAGCCCUUUCAUCAGUCUCAGGGGUCUUCUUUGAACCCUCUCCAGUUUAAACUGAUCCAAUUUCUCAUGCAGGUUUAGCUACUAGAAGGAGGUUUUCAUUCUCUCCCUUCCUUCCUCCUUUCCUGGCUCCGUUCCCCGUCUCCUUUCCUCCUUUCUUGUUCCCCUGCUCCUCUGUCCCCUGCUUUGUGCCCGCUCUCCAUUCCUCCUGCAGGUUUUACUGGGACCUCAUCAUGCUGCUGCUGAUGGUGGGGAACCUGAUCAUCCUGCCCGUAGGCAUCACUUUUUUCAAGGAUGAGAACACACCACCUUGGAUUGUCUUCAACGUGCUCUCAGACACCUUCUUCCUGGCCGACCUGGUGUUGAACUUCCGCACGGGCAUCGUGGUGGAGGACAACACGGAGAUCAUCCUGGACCCGCACACCAUCAAGAUGAAGUACCUGAAGAGCUGGUUCCUGGUCGAUUUCAUCUCCUCCAUCCCCGUGGAUUACAUCUUCCUCGUCGUCGACCUGGAGACUCAGGUGGACUCCGACGUCUACAAGACAGCGCGGGCCCUGCGCAUCGUGCGCUUCACCAAGAUCCUCAGCCUGCUGCGUCUCCUACGGCUGUCCCGCCUCAUCCGCUACAUUCACCAGUGGGAGGAGAUUUUCCACAUGACCUACGACCUGGCCAGCGCCGUGGUGCGGAUCGUUAACCUCAUUGGCAUGAUGCUGCUGCUGUGCCACUGGGACGGCUGCCUGCAGUUCCUGGUGCCCAUGCUGCAGGAUUUCCCUGAGGACUGCUGGGUCUCCAUCAAUCACCUGGUGAACGACUCCUGGGGGAAGCAGUACUCCCAUGCCUUGUUUAAGGCCAUGAGCCACAUGCUCUGCAUUGGGUACGGCCAGCAAGCUCCGGAGGGGAUGACCGACGUCUGGCUCACCAUGCUCAGCAUGAUUGUGGGUGCCACCUGCUACGCCAUGUUCAUUGGCCACGCCACUGCCCUCAUCCAGUCGCUGGACUCCUCCCGCCGGCAGUACCAGGAGAAGUACAAGCAGGUGGAGCAGUACAUGUCGUUCCACAAGCUGCCCGGGGACACGCGCCAGCGGAUCCAUGAGUACUAUGAGCACCGCUACCAGGGCAAGAUGUUUGAUGAGGAGAACAUCCUGGGGGAGCUGAGUGAGCCUCUCAAAGAGGAAAUCAUCAACUUUAACUGCCGGAACCUGGUGGCCAACAUGCCGCUGUUUGCCAGCGCCGACCCCAACUUUGUGACGGCCACGCUGACCAAGCUGCGCUUCGAGGUCUUCCAGCCUGGGGACUUCAUCAUCCGCGAGGGCACCGUGGGCAAGAAGAUGUACUUCAUCCAGCACGGCGUGGUCAGCAUCCUCACCAAGGGCAACAAGGAGACCAAGCUGUCCGAUGGCUCCUACUUCGGGGAGAUCUGCCUGCUGACGCGGGGGAGGCGCACGGCCAGCGUCCGGGCUGACACCUACUGCCGCCUCUACUCACUCUCAGUGGAUAACUUCAAUGAGGUGCUGGAGGAGCACCCCAUGAUGCGUAGGGCCUUCGAGACCGUGGCCAUGGACCGCCUGGACCGCAUCGGUGAGGGAGCGCCCGCCCCAGGUAAGAAGAACUCCAUCCUCCUGCGCAAGCGAGCAGAGCACAGCUCGGGGGCCAUGAACAACGAGAUGAUCCAGCAGAUUGUCAAGCACGACCGGGACAUGGCCCACAACAUCCAGGACCUGCAGCAGAUGGCGGUGGGCCGGGAGCUGAGUGGCAAGCCAGUGAUCUGGGAGCCCCUGGUGCAUGCGCCACUGCAAACGGCAGCUGCCACCACCAACGUGGCCAUUGCCUUGACUCACCAGCAGAGCCUGCAGGCCCACAUCUUCCUGCCCCCCUCCUCCAUCUCCAGCCCACUCUCACCUGAGGCCACCCUGCUCACCAGGCAAGUGCGCAGGUCCCAGCCCAGCCUGGGGGGCUCCCGGCCCUCCUCGGUGAGCUCCCAGUCCGGCGUACAGUCCCACCUGCAGACGCCUGCAGCCAACUCCCCUUCAUCCCCCAUGGUCCAGUCCCAGUCGCCUCUGGAAAGUGGGGGUCAGAAAGCUGGCCACGUGGGACUGCCACAGCCAAGGCUGGUGCAGAAGGGAGAGCCCCUGGCGAUAGCAAAGCAGCCCCUGACGGGCUCCCAACCCCAGCUCUCCAAGUCCCGAGGCACCUCAGUUUCCACGUCACUUCUGCAGCAGCCAGCAGGGGCUCCGUCCCCCAGCUCUGAGCAGGCGCUCCCAGCAGGGAGAACUCUCCACUACAGCCUGUCCCGAGCCACCGGCUCCCACAUCUCGCUGCUGAUGCAGCCGCAGCAGCUGGUGAAGCACAGGAGCAUCCAGGGCCUACCCAUCGGGAGGCUCACCCAGGACGUCCGGCUCCUGUCAGCAUCUCAGCCGUCCCUGCCCAAUAAAGUCGCCCAGCAAGUGGACGGGAGCUCCUCCCCUCAGGGCAGAAAGUCAGCGGGGAACCUGGCUCACAGGUCAUCUCCCUCGGUAGCUGGACUCCUCACCAAGCCACCCCCUGGGGUUCCAGGCCAGCCAGCACACCCGCAGCAGAUGCCUUCAGGAUCUUUGGUCCAAUCCAGCCGUCCCGUGAGCGGAGCGUCCACCCCGCAGUCUCCCGUCUCUACGCCCAGGCAUGCGGCAGGCCCCUCCCGCAAGGGCUCCGUGGCAUUCAGCCCUGAGGUGGAAAGUGGGAAGCCCAAACUCCCGUCCAACAUAUGAGAGCCCAGGGCUGGGUCCAAGCGUGGGGGGGAGAGGAGUGGGCUCGCUGGAGAGCCGUGCUCCUGGGGCUGUUUGACAUGGGGCUGGGGCAGGGAGAAAGGGGGACAGCCUCCCCCAAGGCCCCCACCCAGGGCUGAGGCUGAGUGGGCAAGGAGAGGAGAUGGCCAGGGGUGACCACCUACCGCAGAUACUGACUCUGCCAGAGUCAUAUGCCUGGCUGCAGGACAGGCUCUGCCCAGGGGUCGCUCUGGGAUUCUCCUGACUCCACUGAGGACAGGAAGCCACUAAAAGGCUGCCCCCAUCUGCACCCCAGAGCAAGGGGGCAGCAGGGCUGUGGGCUGGGCUGACUCCAUCAGUGCCCUCUGCACUCUGCCUCUCCCUGGGAAACCAACCUUGCAAUGGGACCCUGCCCCUACUCUGUCCCCUUGCCAUGGGGCCCUGCCCUAUUCCUCACUCCACCCGCUCCCAAUGGGCCCGGGCCCUGCCCUGCAGGGCAUAGGCCUCACCGUGGUGAGUAGCGUCAAGAAGGCACUCAGUGGCUCCUCCCACUCAUGUUUCUCCAUUAGGAAAUUCUCCCAGCCCCCCCACCUUGCCCAUCCCUCAGCUGUGUCCCCACAAUGGCCUGGUUCAAGCCUUUGCCCUGUGGGGGAUAGGGCCAGAGCCCCAGGGUGAGGCCUUUCCCCUCACCCACAGCAGGGGACAGAGUGGGGGGGUGGACCCCAUGGAGAGGCCUUUGCACUGGGGGAGGGCAGAGUGGGAGGAGGUGGGGGAUUGCAAGGUUGCUGAAAACUGGAAUCCCCCUCACUCCAGCUCCCAAGCCUCUGUACCCAGAGCAGGACGACGGGGGCCCCAUGGCGCUGGCUGCCAUGGCCGACCCAGGAAGCCAAGAUGAAUCCAUCCAGCACCCCAUGGUCCCAGGCACCUCCGAGUCCCCAGGACUCCAAGUGUCUCCCCUCUCUCCCCCUCAUCCCCAACUGGUCUAGUCUGAGAGGCCACACAGAUCCUCGUGCACAUGGCCUCUGCCCCCAGAGGCCUGGCAAGUCACUGCCACUUGUGAACACGUCUCAGCCGCCCCGUCUCCCACAAGGUGAGAUUAAAUGUGUGCAGGAGCUCAUGCGAGUGCCUCUCGCCCUAGAGAACCCAGUUCCCUGCGGAAGGGAGGCAUGGGGAGCAGGCAUGUCUCAUCCCCCACUGCUCCGAGCACCUGGUCUUUAUAGGCAGAUGGUCCCUGUAGAAAGGGGGAGAUCUCGACCCAGCAGAAGGGGGCCGUGGGCCAGAGCUGUCCUGGCUGUAACUGUCUGGGCUGGAUUUGAGCUGGUGGGUUCCCUCCACCUCACAGCUCCUGGCCUGUCCUGGGGUCCAGGAGGCUGCCUCUGAGGACAUAGGCCCAGUGCUGGCUUCCCUGAGGUGCUUGUUCCUAGUAUCCGUGGCUUGUCAGGAGAAGAUUAAUCAACUCCCCUUGGUGCAAGGAGCCAGGCCUGGAAAUACAAAAGCUGAAUAGAAAUGUCCCAAGGUCCCCCAGGGCCUGUGCUGGGAGGCCAAAGGUGAUGUGCAUUCCUAUGAGACAGGCUCUGAUGGAUGUUCUGGGAGCCUUGGGGCAGCCAGACCCAGAGACCUGACUGAAGGGCCUCCUUGUCUGGGUCUUGUCCCCUACACUGUAUUGAGGCAGGGAGCACAGGGGCUGCAGUUCAGGGCUCUCAGUGUCACCCCGAGAUGUGCAUUUCUCACUGAGCAUGUUCUUGGCAGACCAGACAGUUUCCUGCUCCCCUCUUGUGGGAAGGGACAUGGAAAGAGUUUUGCUACCUCUGCUCUCGACUGCUAACUCCUGCACCCCAGGAGGGUCAUUGAGAGCUGGGCCAGGGGGUUUCUCUCUUACCUUGCAGGCUGGUGCCCAUUGCCUGGGGUUAGUCUAAGUGAGCAGCACUGCCCCAGGGAGUUGGGUGUCGGGAAGGGUUGGUCCCCACCCCCUGUCCAUGGUCAAGUCUUGCUAAAGACCCAGCCCCAGUUUCUUGAAGUCAGUCCAAGAUGCUCUUCAUCAGCAUUAAAGUGACUCCAGGGAGAUUGCAGAGGAGAUGCUCACGUUCCCCCACCCCAGGCCCGUCAGUCACGCCCCAAUCACUGCCUGGAUCUCAGCUCGAAGCAAUGUUGCUUCCUGCACUUGUAGCCUCCCCAGGGGGAGGAUUCUGCGUCCCUGUACAGAAGGGUUGGGAUUUCCGGGGAGUCUCCCGGCUCAGCCCGAGCUGCCCCUCUCCAGGAACCAGUAGUUAGCAAUGUGUGUGCGAGUCGUGGCUCUGCUAAGCAGCUGAAUUCUGCUUACGGUGUUGCUUUUGGGUCCAAACGUGUUACUGAUUCGGGUUAGAAUAGUGUCCCCCACCCCAACUCCGCUGUGCUGUAUAGCUUCUUCUUUCCACUACCAGAGUCAGGAAAAUCGUAUCUUGUAGUCCCUGCUCUGGGAGCACUGACAGCGUCAGCAAUAUGGAGCUCGGCCCUGUAGGUACCUGUGCUAGAGGUGAUAGGCCAGCCAUGGCUAGGCACAGUGUUGGGCUAGGGGUUCUUUUCGUACAAUACUUCUUAAAGGUAAGUUGUUUAGUUCUUCUCUUCAUUCGUAUUUUGGGAUGUUGGGACCAGAGUCUUCACUGCAGGACGAGGAGGGCGAGCUCAGCCCUUGGCAGAGUUCAGUCCAGUGGGAAUCACUUUGAUGCCUGUAUUGGAGGGAGUAUUCAGCACUGCCUUCUCAUGGACUUGUGUCCUUUCCCUCUGUCCCUGCCUCCCCCCAUUCCACUUGGCCCUGUGUGUCUGUCCCAGCAGCUCCUCUGGGAGGGGCCUGCAGUCAGGUCGCUUAGAUUCAAACAUUCCAGGAUCUUCUUGUUUACACUACGUAAUGUAGAGACAUUUGUAGCAAUUGUGGUAGGAUUCCAUUGAGAGGAAAAGUGCCAAGGUGUGGGCUGGCCCAGGUGGCAACCGCAGAGCCGUGGCCCUCCUUCCACAGCGUCUGGAACCUUUCUGGUCUCUCCAGAGAGGAAACCAUACUCUCUGCAGCUGUGUCACCCCGCAGCUCUUCCCCUGCAGGUUCCCCGUCAUUGCUAACCCUGGGCAGCCUUGCUGCUGAGAGUGCCAGCGUUCACGGUGCUCUGGGUAACCCCCAGCACAGCACCACUGUGCUGCCCGGCCUUGUUCUAAGCAGGGUUACAAACACGGCAGCCGUGUCUGUUUGUGUCACCCCAAGGAGGUGGGGGGGGGCGCUAGAUGCAGCAGGACAUAGCUCCUGCCCUAGAGAGAGGCUGUCACUUCCAGCCCUAUUAGCAACAGGGGGAGAGGCCACAGUAGAAGCACCCUGUGUGUGUGUGUGUAUGUGCGCGAGUCUAGUCACCAAAGACCAUGAUCCUUCACUCUUGCACUCACAGCAGUUGAUGUACAGAGCUUGUAGUUUUCAUAUUGCAGAGACUUUAAAAGCGUUUUUUAAUUUUUGGUCGUUGUACAUAACAGAUUUAAAUAAUAAAGAGCGACUCCAAGCUGG